UUCGAGCUGGUGUAGGUUCCGAGCUGGUCUCUUGGCUGCUAAUGCGGGGCCGUCGGGCCUGGAUUAGAACCUGAACCGGAGCAGGACUUUGGGCUUUUGUCCUGCUAGCGGGCCGGGAGCUCCCGGAGAAGGGCCCGGGGGAUCCAUGGGACGGACACCCCAGGACAGGGCGGUGGCACCAGGCUCACUAAGGGCAGCAGCUUGUAGCCACUGAUCGGGACCUAGAGGCCGCGCUGAGCUGUAGCGGGCAGAGACUCAAUGCCCAGCGGGGGGCAGAAGCAGACACACUGCGGUCUGUUCUCAGGACCAUGCUCUGGAUUUUUGUCAUUUUCUUGGUAAUACAACUGCUGCAUUCGGAAGCUCUACAAUGCUACCCAGGCGAAUAUGAAAUAAAUGGCGAAUGCUGUCCCAUGUGCAGUGCUGGGAGCAGGGUGGUCAAACAUUGUAAACCAAGUAGCAGCACAACUUGCAUGCCCUGUGUGGACGACACAUAUACAGAGCAUCCCAAUGGCCUAAGAGAGUGCAUGAGAUGUAAAGUCUGCGAUGCAGGAGCCAGACUGAUGGCAAAAGAAAAAUGCACGUAUACGAAGAACACCGUGUGCGGCUGCGCCCCGGGGGAUUUCUGCCCACAUGCUGCAGGCCUGGACUGUGAAAUAUGUAGUCGCUCCACCGUCUGCCUUCCUGGAUCUAUGGUGAAAAUACCUGGCACAGAAUUCAGUGACAAUGUAUGUGAGGUUUGUCCUGAUGGAACCUUCUCAGCAACCAACAUGUCACGCACCUGUCAGCCAUGGACCAGGUGUGAAGAGGAAGGGAUGAGCGAACAAAAGGCCGGGACAGCCACUUCUGAUGCAGUUUGUGUAAAAAGAGGCCUUUCUACCACAGCGAUAGCAGUGGUAAUAGUCCUUGCUCUCUCACUUUUAUCUGCAUUUGCUGGAACAGCGUUCUUUUUUUGGUGGAAGAAGAAGAGGAAAUAUGGAUUAACACCUGCACAGGAGACAGGGGGUGAGUCAAAAGUACAGGAUGAGAGAACUUCGAUGCAGCCUACAGAGAAUGGGACUGAUAACAGUCCUACUCAGGAACAAACAAAGGCAAGAACAGUGGGGAAAGAAAGAAAGUCAUUGUCCUGUCUACACGUGGAACAGGAGAAACACAGGCAGAGCGAAGGGAAAUGGCCACCAGCUGAAGGAUCUGGGCUACUUUAGAAAAAGCUGAAUGAUCAAGGACAGAUAAUUGAUCAGAGUUUUGGAAGAUUCAUCAGGCUUCUGAAAAUCCCUCUUCAUUGAAUUUCAGCGAUCAUCAUCAACUUUAGUUUGUCUGACUAAGGCCUGUUAUGCUGAAGCCUUCCUCACAGACACAUUGUUAGGUGGAACGUCUGCAGACUCUGGGCUCUUGGGCCAUGUCUACACUUGCCAUUUAAAGCAUAAAAAGUCCCUGUUUUGCACAAAAACCUUGGGAGCGUCUACACUUGCCAAUAACAGAAGUUUCACAGCAAACAGAAAACCACCUCCACGUGAGAUGUACAGUUCUUAACACUCAUUGUUUUGCUGUGAUGUGCAAGUGGAGACAUGUUCUUCCUGUGUAAACAGCUUUUAGCCUCCAGGGUAUCCCACAGUGCCUAGGGCGAUCACUCUGGCCAGCAGCUCUGCUGCUCUGAGCCCAGAUAAACAGACGUCCACCCCUCUCCCUGUAAAGCCCUGGGAACUUUGAAACUCCCCAUCCUGUUUUGUUUGCAAGUGCUCAUCUGGCCAAGUGACCAUGGGUGCUUUAUAGAGCAAACAAUCCGCCGCUGGGACACCUGCGCUCACGCAGCCCUUCCCAGAAGAGCUAUAGUGAGAUAGCUGCCCUCAGUGUGCUGCUGUCAUGGGCGAUGGAAGUGCUGCAAAUGUAAACACUCUCUGACACUUGCGGAAGUAACUGAGUACAGGAAUCAGCUCUUUUCUUUCACUGGUUCCCUAUCACCGGUGAAACUGACAGCACAAAAACUCUGCAAGUGUAACAUAGCCUUGGUUUCAUUCAGUGACUACACUUAAAAUUCCAUUUAUUCAUUACAGUGUUUGAAAGUUCCCACUCACAUAUCACACGGGGCUUUCCAGCCACAAACACUUGCCUGGUAUCCAGGAAUCUCUACGGGACCAGUUGCUCUUCUGACUAUAUUGGACCAGGUGACCACAUAAUCAAAAUGUUUUUUAUACAUAGCUUUAGUUUUAUAACAGGGCAAGAGUGGGUGGGGACAGAAAUGUUGCAUUGAUGUAAAUAUUAGCUCUUAAUAAAA